UGCGUCUCCUCCGGCUGUACCGAGGAAAGAAGCGGUGUUCACCGGGAGGUCCUGUCCGGUCUCAGAUAAACCCAGUGAUCACACUUUACUCUGUGUUUCUGCACAAAACCAGGACCUGCAGCUUCAGCGCAAAUUCUCUGCCGCAGCCGUUCUUUUAUUGAUUAAUUAAUUUAUUUUUUCUUUUUUAACCGAAAGCACAUUUCAUCUCUCUGCUGAGGAUGCGCGCGCGCGGGUCCAGCAGCACACCUCCUCUUCCUCCUCUCUCUCCUCCUCCUCGCCUUGUGUUAAUGUAGUGUAAAUGUGGUGUGAUGUAAGGAGUGUUCUCCAUGGCGUCUCAGCAACAGUCCCGGAUCCAGUCUUACCUGGAGAGGAAUAAAAUCGGACCCCUGUUCGAGGAAAUGAUGACCAAACUAAUCACUGAGACUCCAGACCAUCCGAUCCCGUUUCUAAUCGGACAUUUACAGACCAAACAGGAAAGUCCAGGCCGGCUUCACCGAACGCUGUCUGGAUCUGCAGCUCUGUGGGCCGAGAGCGACUGCUCAGAAAACAAAAGUCAUCGACGGGAUUUCAGGAGUUACGACAGAGCCUGGCAGAUCCACCCCAAAAAGCCCAAGAAGUCCAAGAGUGACUUAGCGGUGUCAAAUAUUUCUCCUCCUUCUCCUGAGUCGAAGUCACUGCCUCGUUCCAUAGAGUGUCCCUCAUGGGACUGGAGGACCAAACCCGAGAGCCGGGAUUUUGACGAGCUUAACCACAUCCUGCGGGAGAGCAAGAAGCUGGGCAAAGCGUUGGAGAGCCUGUCCCGAAGUAUUGCCUUAUCUGAUGAGCUUGAUCAGGACCCACGGCUGUAUAACUCGGUGUUACGGCCCCGUGUGGUGGGCGAGUGGUUGGGAAGAGACGAGGACGACGCCGACCCGCUGGCCGCUGAGAUGCUCCAGCCGCCCGUCCCCAGGGCAAAGAACGAGGGAUGGAGCAGCCGAGAAACCAGUCCUGCAGGGAGCCUGAAGAUGGAGGUAAAGACAAAAGGACUGAAGCAGCAGCAGCAGCACCGGAAGAAGCUCCUAGCGGCCAUGUUGUCUCAGGACUCAUUCGACUCCAUGGCCAGCUCGGCUCCGUCCGUCACUGAGGACGAGAUAGAGGACGAGGACGACGCCAUGGAGCUUCUGGAGGACCUGGAUGACCUGAGGAUGGAGGGGGUCACUGGUCUGGUUUCUUCUGGCAGUAAGUUCAGCCAAGGGCGCAGCUCCUACUGCCCCGAACCGCAGGCCAAAGUCACCCUCAACAUCUGCUCAAGGUGUGCCAGGCUGCAGGGGGAUAGUCUCGCUCCAGCCGGCGCAGAGGAGGAACCAGCACCUCAUGUUCCCGAGCAGGCCGUGCCUGAUGUGACAUGUCCAUUGCCUGGAGUGACAGAGCCCCCGACUGCCGCCGAGCUGGAACUCCAGAGCUCAUCUCAAGUGUCCGCACCGCGCUACCCCAUGUGGCCAACAUCGGACGUGAAGCCGGUGAGGGGUACGAGCCCACAGGCACAGAGACGUGCUCUACAGCUCGAGGAGCUUCUCUUUUCUAAAGAGCUGGAGAACAUGGGCAAGCACCUUGCUGAGGUGGAGAAGGACUUGGCCAAGCUGGCUGAACAAGGGAAACUCAGCAGGAGUCCCAUCAGCCCCCACAGCAGCCUGCUGCUUCCCGUGAACCCGCACAUUUCCAACUCGCUGCCCAUGCCAGGCUUCAGCUCCAAGCCCGGCUCGCCAAGCAAAACUCCCAUGCUGCCGCUCAUCACCAGCCGGACUCCCAGCAAUCCCUGCAGCCGAGCCCAGACCCCCAGCAGGCCCCUGACCCCCAACAGCCUCAUGAUGCGCUCUCUACCCACAGCUAGCCACGGAAACACAGAUCGCAUGUACAGGCGCUCAAGGAGCAGACCGGUUACCCCGACCGGGCAAAUAACACGACCUCUACUGACCCCACCAGGUCUCAGCAGCACGGACAGCUUCAGUCUGCGCAGCACACUGUCUGAGGAUGAGUUUUACCGGCAGCUGCAGGCCGUCAGACAGCCUUGGCUCAUCCCCAGUGACACGGAGAGUGACUGUAUGGAGCGUCCAGAGCAGGACAAGUGUAACCCUGGUGGAAUGCGAGAUGCCAGUAAACGAUCAGUGUUUUCAGGCUUAUAACGUAUCAACGGCAGACAGAGACCCAAUCAUAUUUAUGCAAUCCAAACGGGCAUUUUGAACCUUGUGAAUAAGCCAGAGAGACUUAUUUUUUAUAAUUCCUAUUUAGGAUUGUCUACUUUUUUUCCACAGAGGUUAAUAUUUCUUAGAACCUGGCACAUCUGUAUGCUAAAGUACAAAUACUUGAAAAUUAGAGAAUGUAGUAUGUUGAUGUUGAAGAAUGCUGUCUAUCUAUCUGCUGUGUUUGGUUUGUUUGCCUUUUUUUGUUUGUCUGUUUUUUUUAGCAUGCUUCCCAUUUCUGAAUUAUGGGAAAAUUCUUGACACAUGGCCUUGCAUUGAAGUUAUGUAUACGAUUUUAUGUGCCAGUGAUAAAAAAAAAAGAAGGUAUUUUUGAUAACGGUUUUCAGUAAGGGAAAUGGAGGCCGUGCUCGGUGGCGUUAGAUAGAUAUGUGAAUGUUAAAGCUUGGUAGAGAAGCACCCUUAAGCUGGGUUUACACUGUAUGAUUAUCAGAGUUUUUGUCGUUGAGAAAAAAAAAACGUACACGGUGAAAGAAUCCGGCGAAGUCGUUGCGGCACAUUUAGCGCCGCUGCAUCCGAAGACAGGUGGCGAAAUGUUUGAGUAGAAUCUUAGAAAGAUGCCUAGAAUCUUUUACGAAGAGCUCAAUGGAUAGCUACAAAUACGUCAGUAGCAGCGUCGGAUCGUAAACAAAACAUGCUAAUGGAAAAAAAAAACAUCUUUAUUACCUCAAGCUCACUUCGAAGACUGUUUUUCUGUUUUUCCGCUUAAGCCUGGAUCGCUCGGCUCGGCUCGGCUCGGCUCAGCUCGUCCACGUAUGCAGAACGUAGACGUUUUCCUUAAUUGCAGGUCUAUAGCUAGAGAAACUUCCUUUGAGAUAGAAGAUUCUUCUUGGCCAGCAUCUCGUGACAGAAUCGUACAGUGUAAAAGAGGCUUUUUCCUGUAUCACUGCCCUGGAUGACCAACCCAGCAAGCACUCUUUUACUUCCUACAAUGAAUGACAAACCUAACGUGUAGAAGAUUUGUUAUUUUGUACCAAUGAUGCACUAGGUAUAUAGCCUGCUACACCUUGUAUGAUGCAAAUUAAACUGAU